CAAUACACAAAUCAAUUCUUGCAUACCAUUACAUGCAUUACAAAGAGAGGUAGUGAAAAGGUAGUGGUGAAUAUUUUGGACUAAAGUUUUUUUUACAAGAAAAAUAAAGAUCAAUCAUGAUUGAAUUUAGUAAUUGCUGCUUCUGCGUGCCUCUGAGGACUGGCUGCCUCAUCCUCGGCUACCUACAGCUGAUAGCGUCCAUAAUCCUCGCGAUAAUUUCCAUCGUGACUCUGGUGGCGGUGGGCGCUGUGGUGGCGACUGCGGACGCGCCUGUCAACGAGAGUGCCGUGGCGGCGCUCGUCUCAGUCUACGUCAUCAUUCUCAUACUGGUCACCGUCCUACUCACCUUCUCUAUACUCCUGGUUGUUGGAAUACACAAGGAGAGACGUAGCUAUGUGAAGGCCUUCUUGAUAUAUGAUCUUAUCUUCAUCAUCCUAUACGCCAUCAUGUACAUAGUCCGAUGCGCCACGCUGCCUCCUAACGUGGGCUUCAUCGUCGGCACGCUCAUACAAAUAUUGCUCAGCAUUUACUUCCUCCUUGUCAUCCGGAGCUACUGGGUCAUUAUGGGUAGCAACGUCAAUACAGCUUAGCUUUAUUAGAAAGAAACUUAGUGUGAGAUGUUCCGAAAAGUUUAAAGAAGUACAAAUGUUAUUAAUGUUUAAUAAUGUAAUAUAAGCAGCGAAAAGCGAAGGAUCAUUCAUAUAAAACGCGUUUCUAGUCAUUACUGACAUUCGAUAAUUUUUGUUUCUACCCGCGUAAUGUAUGUAUGAAGUCAGGCGAGUAUAAUAAAAGAAACUAGAAAUCUAAGUGUGAAGCUCGCCUGACUUCAUACAUAAAUUACAUGGGUAGAAAAAAAAAAAUUUUUAACUUUUUAGUGUUUGUGAAUAUUGAAAUCGGUUUUAUAUAUUUUUUUUAUUUUUUCCCCCCCAAUUUUUAGUGGCCUCACUGUACUAAAAUUUGCUAUGCCUAGUUAAAAACAUACUAUUUACUUUACACUGGUCGCGAGCAAAUUACUCUUAUUCAUUCAGGAGUUCUGUUCUCCAUCUACGAAUAUAUUCAUCAGAUCUUCACCGAUCGUAAUACAUCACGGUAAAAUUUUCGUUCCCUAGGUACGCCACGCGUAGGUACAGAAUGCUUCUAUGUUUUAUCUCUCGCUGUGUAUCUAUACUAAUAUUAUAAAGAGGAUACCUUUGUAUUUUUGUAUGUUUGUAUUGAAUAGGCUCAAAAACUACUGGACCGAUUUCAAAAUUUCUUUUAC